CCACGAGCGGGUAGAGACUGUUUUUGUCAUGCCCCCGGUUAUUAUUCACAGAGUCAAUCGCUGUUCAACAGGUGGCUUUGUAGAGUUUGGAGUUGGAGUAGCGCAGCUGUGAUUUAGUUAUUCUCUCUUUCUGUGUGCGUUAAACUAUCUCACUGCCAUAAGCAUCAAAGCGUCGGAAUGGUAAACUUUUUAUGACCCGUGGAAGUUUUUAGACUUUAGAGGUUUUUCCUUUCUUUUUUUUUUUUUUUCCGCUCAGGCAAACUCGCCUAUAGUGUAUGUAGCAUGCGGCAAUAAGCUGCACCUGCGCCCUGUUUGUUUGCCUUGAGAUUAUUUCGGCUGAUACUUAACUUACGACUCAAACAAGCUUCCGUGGAAGAUCAUAAUGAUGUACAGCAUGAUGGAGCACGAACUUAAGCCCCAGCCGGGUCAGCAGAAUCCUCACCCGAACGGCCAAAUCAUGUCGCAACACGGCGGCUCCGGAAACGUGCCACAGGCGGCUCCGAAAAGCGCGUGCCCGCCCGGCGCAGACCCCAUGGACAAGGUGAAGCGGCCCAUGAACGCGUUUAUGGUGUGGUCCCGAGCUCAGAGGCGCAAGAUGGCCCAGGAGAACCCAAAGAUGCACAACUCGGAGAUCAGCAAGCGCCUGGGCGCCGAGUGGAAACUGCUGACCGACGCCGAGAAGCGGCCGUUCAUCGACGAGGCCAAGCGGCUGCGCGCCGCGCACAUGAAGGAGUACCCCGACUACAAGUACAAGCCUCGGCGCAAGAGCAAGCCGCCGGUGAAGAAGGACAACUCUGCGGCGAAGUAUCCUCCGCUCCCCGGCGGCAGCCUGCUGGCCGCGGCGCAUGCGCAGAGUGGGAGUCCGCGCGUGGACAGCUACGGCUGGGCUCCGGCUGGAAGCUACGCGGCCGUGCAGGGUGACGCGCUCGCGUACCAGCAGCAGCUGCACCGGUACGAGCUCCCGCUCCAGUACGCAGCCCCCAUGUCGCAGACCUACAUGAACGGCGCCAACUCUUACAGCCCAAUGUCAUACAGCAGCAGUCCCCAGCAGCCCAGCCCUGUAAUGUCUAUGGUCAAGCCAGAGGCCUUCACUCACUCGCCCACCGGAGCAACAAACCACCACCGUGGGGCAGUUCAAGGUGACCUUAGGGACAUGAUCAGCAUGUACAUCCCUGGAGGUGAUGUAGGGGACCCUACAGCACAGAGGGGUUACCCAAGUGUCCAGCAGCACUAUCUGGGCAGUACUGUGCCCCUCACACACAUCUGAAGUAGAGAAGGAAAAGGACUGGGACUAGCUCAGCUGGAUCACUACGUAGACUUGUAGUGCAACAAGUAAUCUGUAUGGAUUCUUGGUGGAUGUUGUGAGUACCUGUUGCACAUAGGAACAUUUUCUACCUCUUUGAGUGAUCUUGCUCUGUUUUUUUUUUUUUUUUUUUUUUUUUUUUUUUUCUUUUUCUUUUUUCUUUUUUCUUUUUUUCCCCUUUUUUCCCUGUAGAUUUGUUCAUCCCCUUCCCCCAGCCCCUUUUUUGUGUGUUUUUUUUUUUUUUUCUUUUUCUCUGCCCAGAAUUUCACCCUUAAUGCAGCUUGGAGGUUCUUUCCACAACAACUUCCUAAUAUAGACGGGCAUGACAUGUCUGUGUGAUUUUGUCAUUUUGUGGCUGUUUACAUCUUUUGAAAAUUCAGUUUUCAUUGUAGGACAUUCCUUUUGUACAUAUGAUCCAAAUCUCGGAAUCUGACUGUGUGCCUUUGUGCUGUGCUUCAUUAACAGGGAUUGGGGACAUUCAUGCAGUAAAAGGCAAUCAUGAUCAAAAACCAAAAUGGGGCAUAGAAUAGGGGACAUAGGCACACGGAAAUCAUGUCCACUCACGAUCACUAUAGUCACUGAUGUGCAAAUCAUGUGACCUAUGGAGCAAGUGUAAGCCAGUUUUAUAAUCUGUGCCUUUUUUUUUUUUUUUUUUUUUUUAACAAAAGUGAUGAUAUUUUAAAUUUUGGGUGAAGUAGAGCUAAUUGAAUUUAACAGUCUGAGUAGGAAAAACGGGCAUCGUGAUCAACUUUGAAAGUUGGCUGUAAUUGUUUCCUUUUUUCUGCUUACUUUUUGAAGGACAUGAAGCAGCCAGUCACAAUGGCUUUGUUCUUGUCAUGACAAAUUCUUUGACGAUUAAGAAUACCUUACUUUCCCACACCAUCCGUUUAACAGAGUAGAGUAUGCAUUAGUUGCACAAAUGAACUAUCAGUCGCCAUGGGAAGUAGUCUACACAAAGAAAUCAUUUCAGUAAGAACAUGUCCAAUGCGUUUACCUUUUUUUGCAUGAGACUAGCACUAUGCCAUUCCCCUUUAAUUGCUGAUUUUUAAACCAAUCUGAAUGCACUGUUCUUUACCCUCCGAUCAGUACCAGGUAUUGCCUUAGACCAAGACCGUCUAUGUACUAGUAUGUUGGAGUCCACGUGGAGGGGCUUUUACUACUUGGUUGUGAAAAUUGGAAAAGGAGGGUGUAUCUUUUAAAAUAAUUUGUACAUCCUUUGGGUGCAUGAGGAGCCUGCUUAUUGCUUGUAUAAUGCCAGAUUUGCAUAAUUCAAAUGGCAAAAGUAGUAUGCAGGUGCUGCUAAGUGCAGCUAAAUCGGAAGCGUGUUUCCUUUUUUGGGGUUUUUGAUGGUCUAACUCGGUCAGUCUAGCAUUUUCCGUUUGUCGAACAAGUUUUAGUGUAGGAAUCUAGUGGUCACUAAUGAGUUAAGAACUUUAAUGUAAUUUAUAUUAAAGUAAUGAAAUGAGUGAAUGUUUACAUUUGCCGUCCAGGUGAGUGUGCAACUUGCCGUUUCAAUGUAAUUUUUUUAAAGUCCUUUUAAUACUGUCUGUAAAUAGCCUUUGUACAGUUUUUAUGGCCCUUAUAAGGGUCUUUUGCAUAAACAAAAAAAAGUUAAAAAUAAAUUGUAAAAAAAAAAAAAA